UCCUCUCCCUUCCAUAGCACAAGAAAGAAAUAAAUAAAACAAAUAAACAGAAGUCCACAUACAGUGAGAGAGAGAGAGAUCAGUUUCUUGUUUAUUUCUCAAAUAAAGAUGGCAAAGUUAGUGGCUUGUGCUCUUGUUUUGGCAUUGGUGUCCUUAUUGUUGCUCAACUCGGUUUACGCACAAGUUCCAUUUGACGAAACAAGGCAGCACCUUGACGAGGCCACCAAAGCUGCGGGCAAUGUUGCCGUAGAUGUGGUGGACAAAGCAUCAACCGCCGCUCAUGAAGCAGGGAAAACCUGGUCUUCAUGGCUCGGAGGUUUCUUUUCAGAUAAUGGACCUCACUCAAAUGACCAAGGAUCAGCAUCAGCCCAAGCACAAGCCCAAGCACAAGCACAAGCACAAGCGCAAGCGGGGAACAGUGACGGAAGUCAUGCCUAGAAGAUCAAAGGGCGUCGUCACCUCAACCUUUUUAAUUGGGGUUUCUUAAUUUUGUUUUAUUAGUAUUACUACUACUACUAUUAUUGUUAUGUAUAAGGAAUUCAGUUCCUUAAUCUGAUGUUGGGAACUUGUAAUUCAUAGGUUUUUCGCAAAAAUGUGAAUUUAAUUCCUAUAAUCAUAGUUAAUAUAAUAAAAACAUGUUUUUCUUCUCUUA